GUUCGCCCAUGGCGCACAACCCCUCCCUGGAGGAGCUCGAGGCCACCUGCACGGCGUUCGCUCAGCGGCCGAUGUCCAGGUGUGCCAGUGCUUCAUGGGCUUCAUCUCCCUUUGCCAGGACCUGCCCUUUGAGGGCCCGAUCCACUCCGGGGAAGAUCCGGCCCGCCACAGCCGUGGCGGAUCUGGCCACGGAGGAGGAGCACAAGGAGGUCGACACCCUGGAAGGCGUCGUCCCUGGGCCCGCGGACAUUGAGGAGGAGCAGGAGCGUCUUUCAGGUCGUUCCUGGGAGGUUUCGAGCAUCUUGCGACCUCCGCUGGCCUCCGCCGCGGACCUGGAAAGCGUGGAGAGUCAGCUUCAGGAGGCCCUGACCUUCCUCACCGAGACGCUGCCAGCGCUGGCGGCGGAGAUCGGCGAGCAGGUGUCUGGCCUCGUGUUCCAAGCGCUCCUCGCGCGGAGUAGCCGGCCUCUCCCGGGGCACAGCGGCCGUGAGCGCUGCAGCUCCGAGCGGCUCGACGGCGUGGACAGCGAUCAGGUGAGCCGGCUGGUGGUCGGUGCUGAGCAGCUGGUGGCGCUUCUCAGAGUAAAGAUCGAGGACGAUGGUGACCUCGCCCUCGCACGGACAGUGCUUGAAGACAGCAUCCGCUUCUUCUGGGACUUAGACCAGUGUGCGAAGUGGAGAGACAUCUCCCCUUGGGAGCUCUUUGAAGAGGUCAACGACUGA